CUCUGUGUGUGUGUGUGGUUGUGUUGCUCAUGUGUCUUGCUGUUUGUUUCUUUAUAGUUUCGAGGUGGAGAAUGGCCUCUCCCCAGGCCGCAGCCCCUUGGACUCGCAGGCGAGCCCAGGCCUGGCGCUGCACCCCUCCUUCCCGCAGAGCCAGCGGCGAGAGUCCUUCCUGUACCGCUCUGACUCCGACUACGACAUGUCCCCCAAGACCAUGUCCCGCAACUCGUCCAUCACCAGCGAGGCGCAUACUGAGGAUCUCAUAGUCACCCCCUUUGCACAGGUGCUGGCUAGUCUGCGCAGUGUGAGAAACAACUUUUCCCUCCUCGCCAAUGUCACCACCCCUACCAACAAGAGGUCGCCAGUCAGCAGCCAGCCCACCGUUUCCAAGGCUUCCCUUUCAGGUAGGGAGCUUGGUUCUCAGAGAUGCAGCCCAGUCCUUCUGCACUUGCAGGGUUGUUGUGACGAUACGCUACGGCAAAGGGCAGGCUCUUGCAUUCUGAACAGCAGCUCCAAGAUUAUAGCAGACAUCUAACAUAGCAAUCCCAGU